CUUGGUCAUACUUCCGUCCGCUUCAUCACGUUGCCUUGCGCUCUCCUUACUGUUCCUUACGGCCUGUAAGAUCACAGGCGACUGCUGCUGUGCGACGUAAAAAUUAAGAUUUCUUUACGGAUUCUUGGAACUUUUCAAUCUUUUUGAACGAAAUGGCCGAGAAUAAGCUUUACGAAAUCCUUGGUGUACCUAGGGGUGCCGACGAGCAAACGAUAAAGAAGUCUUAUAAGAAACUCGCUAAGGAAUUUCAUCCUGAUAAGAAUCCUACAGCAGGAGAUAAGUUUAAGGACAUUUCAUUUGCUUAUGAAGUAUUAUCCGAUUCCAAGAAACGUCGAGUCUAUGAUCAAUAUGGCUUGAAAGGUGUUCAAGAAGGAGUUGGUGAGGGAAGGAUGUCUACCGAUGACAUCUUCUCCGACUUGUUUGGAUGUGGAGGUGGUCUCUUUGGAGGUUUAGCAGGGUUUGGUGGAGGUAUGGGGAGAAGAAAGCCAACACGUGGUGAAGAUACAGUUCAUCACCUGAAAGUUACAUUAGAAGAUAUGUAUAAUGGAAAAACCACUAAGCUGCAACAAAGUAAGAAGGUUAAGUGCAGUGCUUGCGGAGGAUUGGGGGGUGCAGAAGGUGCUGUCGUGCGAUGCAGAGGAUGCCGAGGAGUUGGAAUGAAGAUAGUAUUAAGACAACUUGUUCCAGGUCUAUCUCAACAGAUUCAAACUCCUUGUGAAGACUGCCAGGGUACCGGUGAGGUUAUAAAUGAAAAAGACAGGUGCACUACCUGCAAUGGCAAGAAAAUUAUCAGCGAGCAAAAAAUUUUGGAAGUUCACAUAGAUAAAGGGAUGCAGAAUAAUCAGAAGAUAUUAUUCAGAGGAGAGAGUGAUCAAAUGCCAGGUUGUCAAGCUGGUGACGUUGUCAUAUUACUUCAGCAAAAACCGCAUGACGUUUUUCAACGAAACAAUGAUCAUUUGCAUAUGACUACAAAAAUCGGAUUAGCUGAAGCUCUGUGUGGAAUGGAUAUAAUAGUGCGUCACCUAGAUGGCAGACAUUUACACGUUAAACACCCUGCAGGUCAUAUUAUUCGUCCGGGCGAUAUCAAAGCCAUUGCUGGCGAAGGUAUGCCGCAGUACAGAAAUCCAUUCGAAAAGGGAAAUCUGUACAUAAAGUUUGAAGUCACUUUCCCUGAGGAUCACUUUGCUAGCGAACAAGUAUUAAAGCAACUUGAGUCUGUUUUCCCUCCAAGGCCAAAACUUAAAAUACCUAAGGAUUCCAUGGAAGUUGAUUUGGAGGAGUACGAUCCUGAUCACAAUACUUCGUCAAGUCGCACAGGAAAGUCUUACUCUUCGGAUGAGGAUGAAAUGCAAGGCCAGCCUGGCUUGAGUUGCGCACAGCAAUAAGUCACAAAUUAAUCUACUAAAAGUCCAUGAAGAAUUCAUCCCGAUUAAUGAAAUAAGUACCUAAUUCCUAAUCAAAUGAAUGAAUUAUCACCAACACCCCUAAGGGACACUUGUAACGAGAUCAUAGACCACUUUAUGUACCCUUCAAAUAUUCAAGAUAAUGUUUAUAUAAUUAUUUAAGUAUAAACAGUGAAAACUGCCGGUCUGCUUUCAAUAUGGACAGUCAAAGGAUCUUUUCCAUUGCUCGAUACUUUGACAGACUAACUAUAGUUAGUUAUUUAAAAUUAUUUAAUUUUGUCAUUGGAAAAUAUAACUUUCCCCAUGUAGGUUUGACUAAAAUGAUGAAAGCGACAUGAAUAUAGACAUUUUAUUUAGAAAAUAUCAAUACAAAUAAUAUAAUGUCUGUAUUUAUCAAAUUAUAAUCAUCUAGGAUCAAUGCUACUGUAUCUAAUUGAAAGAUAGUUUUUCGGAGUGCCAAUGUGGUGUUCCAAAAUGGUGGCGUAGAAUAAUUAUUAUAAGAAUUGCUCCUUUUCAUACAAUUAUGAAGAAUUAAAAUACUGAUCUCUUCUUAGUAAAAGGUGCCAAUAGGAUGAAUUUUUUUUUUUAAGAAACAUUCUUGCUCCAUGACCAAUCGAAUGGCUCAAUUACUAACAGUUACGAGGAGCAAGACAAUCAUUAAUAUUAGACAUGCUCUGCAUUAAACUGAAUUACAUUUUUUUUAUAGAGAUGACAACAAUGACCUUUUUUAAAAAUAAUUUUCACACGAAUUGGGACGAAGUAUCAAUAAAAUCUUGUAAUAAAA